ACCCUUAACAAGCUCUUCCUUUUCUGGUCCCAUCUACAAUUAGAAACAUGAAACCAAAUCUGAAACAUAAUAAUAAUAAUAAUAGUGCCCAUUUAACCAUUCUGUUCUGUCGAACUCGAAACUUCCCGCAAAGCUUCUCAAACUCAGAGAACCGCCCGCCAUUUGCAUCCAUGUGAAAGAACCUUACGGCUUCGGUGAUCUUGGAAUAUUUCGCUAACCCUUCCAGCACCCCCGCCUUCCGACACAUCUGUCUCCAAUAACUCGCAUGGAGAAGGAGCCACUCCUCGUUCGCGUUGGGCCUCGACGUCCACAGCCUUCACCAGCGCCGCUGCCACCGCCCUCGCUCUGCCCUCUACCUGAACAUAAUGAAAUCACCAUUCCACCAGUGCCCCCCACCCCUUCUGCCAGAGAACUCAAAGACAUGCUGAUUUUUGGCUCCCCUUCAUCGCCAGCAUCCCAUCUUAUAGAUUCUUCCUCCUCAAACCUUAUUGAGGCCUUAACCUUAUCCCUCACCUCACCUAGGCCUCCGCUUUCCAAUCUUGCAACUGAAUGGUUGAAUGUUGAUGAGCAAAGAUCAAAUUCCGACCCAGAAAACCAACAAUCUUGUUUGAUUGCCCCCAAUUAUCCACGUUCCAAGAAUCUUCACCGUUCCAAAACUGCACCUGCUAUGGCUACAAUAUAUGAAAUUGAUCGCUCUUCUGCUGCCAAGCCACCACCACCCCUGUUUGCUAAGCAAUCUAUUGUAAGGCAGGGUGUUAUCCUCUUGAUCAUAUACUUGAGUUUUGGUGUUCUUAUAUACUCCCUUAAUAGGCACAAUUUCAGAGCAAUCCAGACGAACUCUGUGGUUGAUGCUUUGUACUUCUGCAUUGUGACUAUGUGUACAAUUGGCUAUGGUGAUAUAACCCCUGAUAGCACUGCAACAAAGUUGUUCUCCAUUGCAUUUGUGCUUGUGGGGUUCGGUUUUAUUGAUAUUUUGUUAACUGGGAUGGUUAGUUAUAUGCUUGAUUUGCAAGAGAAUUAUCUCUUGAAGAGCAUUAAGGGUGGUGGUGGUCGUGAUCCUGGUUCUUAUAUAAUUGAUGUAAAGAAGGGGAGGAUGAGGAUCCGUAUGAAGGUGGCAUUGGCUUUGGGCGUUGUGGUGCUUUGUAUUGGAAUUGGUGUUUCUGUUAUGCAUUUUGUCGAGAGGCUGAAUUGGUUGGACUCAUUUUAUUUAUCGGUUAUGUCUGUCACCACUGUUGGAUAUGGUGACAGGGCUUUCAAUACUUUGCAUGGUCGCAUUUUUGCAUCGCUUUGGUUGCUUGUUUCGACACUUGCUGUUGCUAGAGCAUUUCUUUACUUGGCUGAGGCAAGAGUCGACAAGCGGAACAGGAGGAUGGCAAAGUGGGUGCUUGGCCAAAAUAUGACUGUUGCUCAGUUUCUUGCCGCAGACAUUGACAACAAUGGCUCCGUGAGCAAAUCAGAAUACGUCGUAUACAAGCUCAAGGAGAUGGGCAAGGUCUCGGAGAAAGACAUCUUGCAGGUAUGCAAACAGUUUGAGCGACUGGAUCCCGACAACUGCGGAAAGAUCACUCUUGCUGAUCUUAAGGAAAGUCAUCACGCAUGAUGCAAGAUUGACUGGUCCAUCAGAAAAUGAUGAUAUCCCUCUUAUUUGCUGCACAUACCAGUCUUCUUCCUCCAAAUUCAGCAAUUUUAACGUGGCAUAAGAUAGAUGUCUCUUGGUACUGAGAUGGAAGGAAGUGGCUGUUAGACUAUGGAAAUGCAUGCAAACAAAUUCAUCGUGAGACAUGAGCGACUCCCUGUCCCUGACCUCAUACUCAACCUUCCAUAGACGGACGUCGGAUCUCUGCAUCUGAAAAGCUUAUAGCUCAUCUUUGUGACAAUUGAGCCUCUCCUAGUUUCCAACCAGGUAACCAAUUUAGCUUGCUAGUCUUUUUGGUUCAAACCAUGUGAUAUAUGUGGUUGUGAUCGGCCGUUUUAGGAUAGAUUUCAAGAAUUGUACAGGUAAAAAGCCUUGUAAUAAUUCUUUGCAUCAUUUAAUACAUGCACAUUUUGUUAGGAUGA